UAGAACGUCACGCAAACUUCCGUCUGUCAAUCUUCUUUUAGGUUACGGUGUCGCUUUGUGAAGAUCACAAUGGGGCGCCGUCCGGCUAGAUGUUAUCGCUAUUGCAAAAACAAGCCGUAUCCUAAAUCGCGGUUUUGCCGUGGUGUGCCUGAUCCCAAGAUCCGUAUCUUCGACUUGGGAAAGAAGAAAGCGACUGUGGACGACUUCCCGCUAUGUGUGCACCUGGUGUCCGAUGAAUACGAGCAGCUUAGCUCGGAGGCGCUGGAGGCGGGCCGUAUUUGUUGCAACAAAUACCUCGUGAAGAACUGCGGCAAGGAUCAGUUCCACAUCCGCAUGAGGCUUCACCCAUUCCAUGUUAUCCGCAUCAACAAAAUGUUAUCGUGCGCUGGAGCUGAUAGGCUCCAGACUGGGAUGCGUGGUGCGUUCGGUAAGCCGCAAGGUACAGUCGCGCGUGUGCGUAUCGGUCAGCCCAUCAUGUCAGUGCGCUCCAGUGACCGCUGGAAGGCGCAGGUCAUCGAGGCCCUGCGUCGUGCCAAGUUCAAGUUCCCUGGUCGCCAGAAGAUCUACGUCUCCAAGAAGUGGGGAUUCACCAAGUACGAGCGUGAGGAGUUUGAAAAGCUCCGAGAGGAGGGCCGCCUUGCCAACGACGGCUGCAAUGUGCGCUACCGCCCUGAGCAUGGACCCCUUGACGCCUGGAGGAAGGUGCAGAAUGAGAUCUACAGCAUCUAAUUUUUUUGACCUUCAAUAAAAUGUAAAUUUAUA